AGUUUGAGAGAAGUUGGGAGCUGCCCGCAACCAUGAAGUCUGCCCUCUUCGCUCUUGUCCUGUGUCUGAGUGCCGUCUGCGUCUUCUCCUUCACUCCCAACGUUCUUCCUCUGCGAUCCUCCCAUGCUUCCGUAGGGUUGUGCCGCUCUAUCGUCAGCGCUAGAAUUCCUCGCCGUCGUGCUUCUCUCUUCCUGUCCAAGGACUCUGUUCCCUCAGUCAAUGAUGCCUCAAACUCCAUGGAGGAGGAGGAGGAGGAGGAGGUGAUCUCUUCCACUCUCUCAGACGAGGAGCUCGAGAGCCGCAUCGCGUCUCUCGGGCUGGGGAAAGAAGGAGGAGUAGAGGACAAGUCCACAGGGGAAGAGCAAGUUUUGACCCCAAUGGAGCGGGCGCAAAAGGAGACGAUCAAGAUUGGAACUACAGCCAUCGCGGCGACGGCAAACACUGCCAUCUCCCUGUUGAACAAGAUGGAGCAGCCUAUCGACGAGGAGCAAUGGAAAAGCAUGCAGGGCAAGGAUAAGCAGGAGGUGAAGGAAGACAGCGAGUUUGUGAACCAGGGAGGAGUCUUCGUUGUCCUGCCGGUGAUCCUAGCUGGUGGAGGACUGCUCUUCUGGGCUGUGGCCUCUGAGAACUCCUGGUUCUAGAGGAAGAGCGAGUGUCUCAAGGGAGUGCGCUCGUCAACAGCUACUAACCUUGUCACCUGUUUCGGGCUAUCGAACGGGUGGGAAGGAGAGGAGAGAGAUUUAGGAGCCUUGAUGGGGAAAAACUUCUGUAAUAGACCUCAACUAAACAUUUA